AUUUAUGCCUAUGUAUUUUUUAAAACGAUUCAAGAUUCACUGUGAAUAAGUUAAAUUAAAAAAAAAAAUUGUCAGAAAAUUGUAUUUAUUAUAAUUUUUGAAAAAUUUUCAAUUGUUUUUAUAAAAAAUUUUUUUUUAAUUUCAAUUGUUUUAAUUUUGGUAUUUCUUUUUUUUCGUUAUACCAUGAUCGUUUGGUUUCAUUGCUUAGAAAAUAAUAAUCUUUUACGAGAAAAAUGUCAAGUUCAAAGGCUAUAAAUCGCGACGAUGGAAAAUCGCCGAGAGGAUCAUCUGCAUUAGACAGAUUGUCUAACACUCAAAGCUCCCAUGGAUCCGAUCAGCUAAAUCGAAAGUCACUUUCAGGACUAAAUGUACCAACAGGAAAUUUUUUCCGAAAACUCGCCGAUGGUUCAUGGAUGCCAAGAUACCAGAACAGCUAUCGUUUAGAACCUUAUAAUCGAUUUAAUCCGGAAGUAGCUGAUUCCAUAAUAAAAAAUAUAAUGGUUAAAAAAUUAUCGACUCUAACGUUAUAUGAUCCUACGGAAGUUGAAAAAUUAAUCACAGACAUAAUUAACGAAGUAUUGAAAGCCCUUAUAAAACGUGAUUACGAUAGAUGCAAGCUCGUCGUACAAGCGAGCGUGGUGCAGAAUGCUUUUCAAGGCAUUAAUGUCGGAUUGGGGUGUCUUUGUGACAGCGAGCGUGAUAAUUACUCUUAUUACGUCUAUGAAAAUAUUCACAUACAUGCAUGGUGUAUGGCAUUUGCUGUAUAUUAUGAAUAACAACUCUGCAUUUUAGAAAGCAUAAAUUAAAUACAUAUAGAAGGGUAUUUAAAAUCAUUCAUUUGGAAAUUUCAAUAUUUUAAAAAAUCCUUUUCACAAAACGAAAAAAAAACAUGUGUGUGUUAUAAAUGGUUUUAUGAAUUUUUUAUAAUAUUUUUUUUUUUAAUCCAAGUAUUACAUAACUAAUGUGUGUGUGUG